AUGAAGCUGUAUAGAGAAAGAAUUUUAAAUGAACUGCAUCACGGACACUUAGGUGUAGUCAAAAUAAAAACAAUCGCGAGAUCAUACGUAUUCUGGCAGGGAAUCGACAAGGACAUUGAAAGGAUUGCCAAAAACUGUGUAGAUUGUGCAGUUAACGAAACUGAUCCUCCAAAAAUAAAAGUACACCAUUGGGAGUACCCUAGCGCUCCAAUGGAUAGAAUUCAUGUUGAUUUCGCAGGCACUAUAUUUGAACAUAUGUUUUUAAUGAUAGUUGAUGCACACUCAAAAUGGCUAGAAGUAUACCCCAUGAAAACUAGCACUACGUUCAAAACUGUCGAAUGUUUACGAGAUUUCUUUGCUCGCUUUGGACUGCCGAUCAUGUUGGUAAGUGACAAUGUUCCACCAUUUACGUCACAAGAUUUUCAGGCAUUUCUGAAAGUUAAUGGCAUAAAACACAAACCCACAGCACCAUUCAUAGCAUCAAGUAACGGUCAGGCCGAAAGGUAUGUGUUUACUGUAAAGCAGUCUUUGAGAACUAUGAAAAAUUAUCCUGGAACUCUUGGACAAAAGCUGAGUACCUUUCUUAUGCAAUAUAGGAAGGCCCCCAACAUGACGACGUUACAAAGCCCAGCUAUGCUCAUGAUGAAAAGAGAAAUUCGUACAAGGAUCGACCUGGAGAUGAGGUUGCAGUUAGAAACUAUCGUCAAGGCGAUAGAAAAUGGCGAUUUGGAACUGUAA